UGGGCCAGUCUCCCUCAGCCUGCUGGUGCGCGUCGUCGGCGUUCGGUCUCUGCGGAGCGUUGGCUGUGGGCGGGGAGCGCUGGUCCAGGUAGGCUAUGGAGUGUGAUGCGAAGUCAAGGUCUCCCCUUCCUUUCCAUCCUCUUGUGAGCCCCAAGCAGGCAGCUACCCGGGAGAUGCAGGUGCAGACAUCAGAGACUUCUAUGUGGGCAGCAGUGGCUGCAAUCCAGGCCAUGGACAAGACGGUAGAUGCCCACAUGAUGCGUUUGCUGCGCCUGGAGGGAAGGAUGGGGUCCGUAGAGAAGAAGCUGGUGGACUGUCAGAAGAGUACAACAGAAAUGGAGAACCGAGUAGAGAGCAAAUGGGCUGCAUUGGGGACCUUGAUUGAGGAGUAUGGACAGCUGCAAAGGAGGCUGGAGAAUGUGGAGAAUCUUCUCAAGAAUCGGAACUUCUGGAUCCUGAGGUUCCCCCCUGGUGCUAAGGGAGAAAUACCCAAGGUUCCAGUAACCUUUGACGACCUCUCAGUCCAUUUCAACGAGCAGGAAUGGGGGAACCUUGAUGAGUUGCAGAAAGAGCUGUACAAGACAGUCAUGAAAAGCAACUACGAGAUGCUGGUCUCACUGGACUAUGUCGUUUCCAAGCCUGAGAUCCUGACCCGGAUUGAGCAAGGUCAAGAAGUAUGUGAGAAGGCGCUUGGAGACUUGGAAGGGAAUAGUGUCUCUGUACACGUUGACACAGCAUCCCCUGUGGCUCCAGUGGAUGUUUCUUCAUGGCUUAAACAAGAAGUGGGAGAACCACAGAGUGAGGCUGCUAAUCCCCCUGAGAAAAUGAGCCACAGCUCUCACGUGGGCACAGGGUCUCCCACUGCUGCAAUGGAUACAUCCUCGUGGAUUAAAGAGGAAGUGGAGGAGGUGCACUUUGAUCCUGGGGAUUCCCACGAAGAGGAGAUCUGCCAUAAUACGCACCUGGAAUAUCAGACGGUCACAGUUGAUGAAAGACGUCUCGCUGGACCUCAGGAAGGCCCAUGUAUGCAGGAGCCAUUGUUCCUUGGUGAAGGCCCCAGUACUGCCGAAGGUGAAAUCGGAGGCCGGGAAGAAGGUGCCAAUGAUGUGAAGUCUUACCCGCUCAGAUGGCCCUCCAGAGGAACUGCACUUCACAGCCCUGGGCCACAUCCUACUCACAGUGUUCAGCCCGCCAAGGAGAAGCCAGAAGGCUCGCUGAAGCUUCCCCACUCGUGUUCAGAGUGCGGGAAGCGCUUUCGCCACAAGCACGCCGUGCUCAGCCAUGAGAAGAAUCGCUCCGAGGCACACCCGCUUAAGUGCGUCGAAUGCGGCAAGAGCUUCAGCGGCGAGGCUCAACACCCCCCCGAGGGCCACCUCUCAACCGCCUGCCUCGACUGCCAGCAGCGGCUGCGCAAGAAGCGCUCCAGCGUCGUCCACACGGAGGAUGCGCAGCCUUUUGCUUGCCCCACCUGUGGAGCAACAUUCAGCCGGUGGCCCAUGCAGCUGGCGCACCAGAAGAGCCACCGGCGUGUCGGGGGUCACCCUUGCGACGACUGUGGGGCUGUGCUGGACAGCCGCCAGGAGCUGGCGCAGCACCAGAACACUCACGCCACGGUGGGGAUGGCCUACGCGUGCGCCAGCUGCCCACAGAUCUUCCUUUCCUUCUCCCAGCUGGUGGACCACGGCAGAACCCAUGCCCCCGGCUGGCCGUUCUCUUGCAGUUGGUGCCAGAGGAGCUUUGCCAGCCAGAACGUGCUCGCCACCCACCAGGAGAUGCACGUCGUGGCUCUCAAGAAGCUGUUUCCCAACAUCAAGCCUGACUUCGCCUUCACCUGGCAAGAGUUCUUGUCUGAACCAAUGAAGCUGUACCUCCAGAAGACGAAUUCCACUUGCUCCCCGUGGCAAGCGCUCAUUGAGCUCCUCCAAAAGAACUCCGAGCUCUGGCCUUACCCGUGCGCACAGUGUGGUGUGUUUUUUUUCAGCCAGCAGGUGCUUGCAAACCAUAGCUGCGCUCCCUCAGUAAAGCCACUAAGCGACAGCGAGGUGUCUCAGCCAGGGACUGAAGGGGAGCAGGCCGCUGUCCCGGAGCAACUGUUUCAGUGUCACCUUUGCGGCAUCUGCUUCCCCCAAAAGGAGCCGCUGUCCGAGCACCUGCGGACCCACAGCGAGGGGCCUCCGUUCCGCUGCCCCCACUGCAAACGCAGCUACCUGUACCAGCAAGCCCUCGCCAACCACCUGCAGAGGCACUUUGCGUCCCGGAAACCUUUCUGCUGCUCUGUCUGCAGCAGGGACUUCCCUCAGCCAGCAGCGCUUGCAGAACACCUCAGCGCUCACGAGGUGGAGAGCCCCUUCCCGUGCCGCCAGGGCCCGCAAAGCCUCACGUCCCCGGGGCUCCUGUCCGAGCGCCAGCAAGGUCACGUUGCAAGGCAGCCGUACUUUUGCAGCCGCUGCGCGAGGCAUUUUGCUCACCCGGCGCUGUUGAAAGAGCACUUGCUCUCCCACGCAGCCAAGCGCCCCUUCCAGUGUGACCGGUGCACAAAGAGCUUUGCUCACCAGGGGCUGCUGGAGGGGCAUAAAAGGAAACACACCGACAGGGACCAGCACCCAGGAAGAGAGAAGUGACGGACGCUUCUGCAGCCAAUCCUAGGAACAGCUUCCUCGACUCAGUGGCGUGAGAAGCCUCCGCUCGGGGCGGGGGAGGGCUGCCCCUAAUCCUUAGGGGGCUCUAGAAUAGACGGAGCCUGACUUCGCUCCCCCUCUUUGUGAGUCUGCUGCCCAGGAGUUCUCAGCGCUGCGCUGCCUCCACGGGAGGAGCUCUCUGUGGUCUCGUUUCGCAGCGCUCUAGAACAUUGAAUGGCCUGCAGCCACGUGGGUGGGGCUGAUUGCCAGGGUCUUUCCUGUGCAAUUAGGAGCCCAGGGCACUAAUUGUCAGAGAAAGCAUCCCGCAGCCAGCCCUGCCCACCUGUUUGUGAGCACGUACAUAGUGCCGGCGUGUCACAGGGUGAACCCCUGGGAAAGCGCCUCCCAUGGUGCUCCUGUAACACUUAAGUGUACCUCAAAGUUGUGUGCAUCCAUCUUCCACACAACAAUGUAUUGCCAGCUAGUCUGUGGCAGUAGCAGCACCAGGGGCUGCAGCCUGGGUGAUUUCUUCGUGCGGACAUUUGAAAUGUAGAUUAUGACAGUGUCCCGAUAGUGAGAUGCACAGUCUUCUGUGUGGGAGAUUUUUUUAUUGAUGGGAGAGAGCCUGUAGAUCUACCUUCCCCAAUCUGGCACCCUCUUCCAGGUGGGCUGGACUGUGGUCCCCAUCAUUAUGGGUGCCAGGUUGGAGAAGUCUGCUGUAGAUGGUCGGUGCUUCAUUGCAGCAGCCAUUUUGGUCAAGUUAAAAUAAUCCCCAGGAAAGGGGGAGGCUGCAGCUCUGUUCUUGAGAGCCCUUUUUUUUAACCAAGUAUAACCAACAGCAAGGCAGGUUAAUACAGCCUUAUUCCUAGAACCAGCUCCGUAGAAGUUGGGUUCAUGCUGGGUGUAGGGAUAGGUUUCACACCUGCAGCUCAAGUAUGAUCUCCAUUCGGAUCUGUCGGUUUGACUCCCAUACGUGGGAUGCAUUGAAUUCUCAGCUUACUUUGGUAAGUUUAGAUGGAGCUUUCUGAUGAAUGUUGUUAGAGCAGUAUGACAAUGGAACAGAUUACAUAGGGGAGUAGUUACAUGGGCUAAAGUUACAGGGAGCCAGAUUCUGGCUGGACAUCAGGAAAAGCUUCCUGACUGUUCAAGCAGUACGACAACAGAACCAAUGACCUAGGGAGGUUGUGGGCUCUCCCACACUUCACAGUGGAUCCCUGCAUUGAGCAGGGGUUGAUGGCCUUGUCGGACCCUUCCAACUCUACUAUUCUAGGAUCUCUGCCAUUGUAAAUUUGCCAGGAAUGGGUCUAAGAAUUCAAAAUGGUGGCCACUGGAUGUCAGUCUGAUCAGGAGUCUUGGCAGAUGGUCUGGGAACGUGGGCUGCUCCUUUGGAGGCAGACAGGAGUGUCCCCAAACAUAUAGGUUGUGCACAUCUCUAGCUGUUUUUGUUUGCUAUCCCAUGUCACAAUGGUGGCUGGGUAGUCAGACAGGCGAAGCUCUUGUUGUGAUUCAACGACACGUAACCUUUGAAACUCAAGGCAGUUGCAACAGCUUGAAGCUCAUGUCUGUGCUUCCUCCUGAGGCAGGAAGGGUCGAUGGCCUAAGAAUUACCAUAGCAACAAGAAGAGGGACAAGGACAUGCAUUUAGAGAAAUUGAAGAUGGGGGAGGAGAAGGAGGUGGCGGCAGCAGUACUGCGUGGGUCUCUUCCUCUGAUGCUUUUCACCUUUAAGCAGGGUGGGAUCCACCUUUUACUCUGGAAGAAACUAAGCCUACACUGGGCUUUCACGCUGACUCUCUAACACAGCAGUCUCCAGCCUUUUUGGCACCAGGGACGGUUUCGUGGAAGACAAUUUUUCCACGGACUGGGGCG